AUGGGUAAACCAAAGUUUGAUCUGCCAACCCCUACCUUCCCGUAUAAAAUACCGAAGAGAUUAAAUAUUCUCAGUGUUCCUAGAAAGUAUAUUAUCGAUACAGGAGAAGGAAUGCCCGCUUUAACGACCAGAGGAAUACGGAAAUCUGCGUUAAAUAGUCAAAUAUCGGAUAGAGUGAAUGAUGCUUCGUGGCCAUAUUUACGUCGCUUCCUGAUUAUAAAAAGAAUGUACAAGAACAGAUUUAGUCCAGAACGCUUAGAGCGAAUUGAUCGUAUGAUUGAAGCGGCUAAUGCGACUUGUUAUUCUAAACUCGCAAACUGUGUGCUUGAUCUCAAGAAACAAGAUACGAAAGACAUGAAAAAGAAACGAGGAUGGACGGAGAGCGAAUGGAAAAAGCAUAUGGAUUACAUCGGCCAAAUUGCAGCACCGAAAAAAGAUUUUAGAGCCAGUCCAGUUAGGAGAGGACAAUGCAAGCCUUUGGAACAAUUGCUUCCAAGAAUAAACAAAAUCUGUCACUUGCCCGAAUUUAAGGUUUAUAGAAGGUUGUCGAAAGAGGUUUGGUACAGAGAUCCUGAAAAGGUACCGCCGAACGCUCUUAAAUAUGUAAUAUCAGAUAGAAUAAAGAAGCUAGCUGCUCAUAGAGUUAUACCACAGGCGUACUGACCGACCAAAGAUAACAAAUUUAUAAACACAAUAAUAGGUAUGAGUCCUGUAACAUGUAAAAAAUUCGUAAGAUUAUAAUGAAACAAAUAAAACAACUAUAAAAUA